AAUAUCAAAAUACCGGCUGUAAUUGCGUGCGAUCUCUUAGAUGUCGAUCUCGAGGUAUUUACGAGAUGCAACAAGCUGCGCGAGCUAACCACAGACACGCAUAGAAUAGCUAAAGCGCUGCAGGGCUCGACUAUGUUGAAAGUAUCCGAGGACGGUACAAAGGUCUGUCGAUUAACUCCGAUUCGGAAGAAGGAGAAUAUCGACCAGUGCACGAUUUACGUGCAAAAUCUACCCCCGGAUGCCGAUCACGAAUGGCUGAUGUCAAUUUUCUCCAAGUACGGAACAGUGGAGUACAUCUCGAUUCCACGUUACAAGAGCAACAGGAAAAUUAAGGGUUUUGCGUUUGUGGAGUUUGAUAUGCCCAGCAGUGCUCAAGAAUGCAUUAAGAUGUUUCGAAAAAAGGGACGCGUUUUGCCAUCCCAUAUAUCUCCCAACGAGCUGUUAAGUAUAACAACAUUUGACGAACCUAAAAAAGAUGUAGCGGUUGGAGUUGUUGCUUCAAAGGCUAAAACAAAAUUGAAAGAAAACGAAAAGGCAUCCGGUGACGAAACAGGGAGUAAAAAUAACGUCUGCGAGGUGGACACGGGGGCUAGUAAUAGCAAGCAAAGCUUUAAAAGAAGAAAAUACUCCUCGGACAAAUCGUUUGUUGCGGAUGAGAGCGACAUUAAAGUCAAGAGAAAGAAAAGAGAAGCAACUGAUCAGAGUGUAACAACGGAUCAACAAGAUGAGAGAGGAAAGACACUGAAAACUGAAUCUGAAGAUAAUAUUUGUGAUAACGAAAUAAGUGCAGCAGACAGUGGUAGACAAAGUUCAAAGAAAAGAAAGUAUUCCUCAGAAAAAGUAUUCGCUACAGACGAAGGUGAUAUCAAAGUCAGAAAAAAGAAGAAAGUACCGAAAGAAGAUUUUGAGGACAACGAUAGUGAGAUAAACGCAGUAGAUAACAAUGACAGACAAGGUACGACGAAAAAGGGAAAACAUGUCUCCGAAAAAUCGCUUGUUACAGACGAAAACGACGUUAAGAUCAAAAAGAGGAGAAAAGAAAGUGCGGAUGAAACUGUAACAGAUCAGCAAAAUGAAAAAGAGAAAGUGCCAAAAGAAGAGCUAGAAAACGAAGUUGGUACUUGCGAAAUAGAUGCGACAAAUGAUAAUAGUCGGCAAAGCGCAAGGAAGCGGAAGUUUGCUCCAGAAAAAUCGUGUAUUAAAGGUGAGAAAGAAGUUACUGGACACGGCAGUACAGAAAAUCAAGAGAUUUCAGGCAAAAGUCGCAACAAAACCACGGAGAAAAAGAAGAGAAGGCUCACGGUGGACGAUACGAUUGUUGCGGAAGACAUCAAUGGGGAAGAAGAAUGUCAAGAACCAACAAGUUCAAGUGAAAAUAAAAUGGCAGAAUUAGAGUAUGAAGGCGAUGAAAGCAACGAAGCAAAUGCUUUGUUGCAAACUGAGAGACAUUCCCCGGGAGAUUUCGGCACGAGAAACAGCGAUAUUGAGGAAACUAGCGUUGACGAAAGGAAAAAGAAGAAGAAUCGAAAGAAGAGGAGUAAAAUUCAGAACGCUGACAUCUGCAGUAAGAUAGGAUUGCAAGUAAUGGCGAAGCCGGAUUGGAAGCGUCUUAGAAACAGAUAUUUGGACUUGCAACGAUACAAGAUGUCACAGCUGAAACUACAUUUGAGGAGAGCCGAGCAGGAAAGAGGCGGAAUUAUGACGAAAAAUGGACGGUACCACGAUAAACCUGAUCAGAAUAAUGCCUCGCAUGAUAAAUGUAAGCCUGAAAACGAUAACGGGAAAUUUAACGAAGAAAACAAGUCCUGCGGACGUGUUAAUUAUGCGUCAGGAAUCAUAGUGAAGAUCGAAAUGGACGAACCUUGCACAGAUCCGCAGAGCUUCAAGAUGGAGUUGAAGGACGACAAUUCUGUAAAAUAUGUAGACGUAACAGCCGAUUCUUGCGAGGCCUAUGUGAGAUACGAUACAGCGGAAGCUGCUCAAACAUUUGCACAGAAGAGCUGCGAAGGACGACGCUUGACUGUUUUAGAAGGCGAUGAAGAGAAGUUAUAUUGGGAUAAGAUAUCGGAAGAUAGGAUGGACAAGUUGAGCAAGAAGAAAAGAAUCAAGCAAAGAGGGCGCGAUAAAUUGCUAAAACGAGCGGAGAAAGAACUUGGGAAAUGUAUAAAGUUCGAGCAAGAUUGAUCGUAUUUUUUUUGUAUACAAAUUUUUUGCUAUAAGUACACGCAUACGUUACGUCACAACACAAAUUUCACACGUGUUAUGUACGUACACGUAUGCAAAUAUCGCUGUUGGUGUGAUUAAAGUUGAAGUGAUUAAAGAAAAUUCAUGUGAGCGGCAA